CCCUUACAAAUGAGUUUGUGGCGAAAUGAAAGCGACAUGUUAUCAUGUCGGUUUGAACGUGCUUUGAACAGUAUUUCAGGACUCCAUAAAACCUAGCCAUGGCAGGUGAUGAUAUGGAGAUUGAGACAUUAAAGGCAAAGGUCCUGGAACUGGAAGCUGAGCUCUCAGCAGUAAAGCAGGAACUAGAAGAUGCCCACAAAGAAAUAGAGAAAGGGGCAAAGGCUUUGGAAAAGAAAAAACGACAGCUCGAGACAGCCAAUACAUACAAUGAUGAUCUUCGUGAACAGAUGACAGCCUUGAGUCGGGAGAUUCAGGACUUCCGAGACAAACGGCGAACUAGGAAGGAGAUAGGGCUCCAAGCAGUUGCAGAGGAGAUUCUUACUGAGCUAGGAGAUAAGCCACUGCCAAGUUGGGAAAAUGGAGGAACUACCACACUGGAGGGCACAGACAAGCCAGUCUCUAUAGCAGAAGCCCUGAAACUGACGGCAGAGGCAACUCUGUCCCAGUCAGGGUUUGUGUUCGAUGACGACAGUGGACUCUACUAUGAUUACAACUCUGGAUACUACUACAACCAUGAGCAGGGCCUGUACUACGACCCAGCGACUGGAACCUACUUCUACUACGAGGAGGCGAGUGGAGAGUACAAGUUCCACUCCCAGGUGGAGCCACUCCAAUACACGUGUCCCCCUAGCCAAUCACAGCCCAGGAAUCCCACAGCAGAGCCCUCUGGUAGCAAAGAGAAGGUGAAGAAGAAGAAGAGUAAGGAUAAAAGGAAGAGAGAGAGGGAGGAGACAGAGCAAAGCAGGAAGAAAAGGAAAAAAGAAAAAGAUGACAAAGAAAAAUCCAAGUCGAGGAGAAGGAAAUCAGAAAAAAAGAAAACAAAGAGAAAGAAACAUAGAUCGCAUCACAGAAGGGGAGGCAACUGUCGUGGGUCAGAGAAGGAUGAUAUGCAAUCUGUUGAGGAGCCAGGGUCUGACUCUGGUAGAACCAGUAGACAUCAUGGGGACAAGGAGAGGGGUAGGAGGGAGAGGAUGGCUGAUAAAGAUCGGAAAAGAAGUAGACAUUCAAAAGGAAGGAAGAAAACAGUAAUGGAAGACUCAGGAAAAUUAAGUGAUGCACAAAAGAAUCAACCCGAGUCUGAUGUUGAGAUGGGUGAAAUUGUUGAGUCUUCUCAGGAGCCACCUGAUAUGAAGUCUGUGGAGUCUUCGCCAGAAGGAGUGGUGCAUCUGAGUGAUGGUGAAGUGUUGUCGGACAGUUUUGCCUCUGGGAGGUGUGACCUGGAGCCGGGGGAGCUGACGUCAGAUACAGAGUCCUCCUCCACCCUCUCCUCCAUCAGUGAGAGUAGUGUGGAGGAGGAGGAGGAGGAGGAGGAGGAGGAGAUCAUAGAGGAGGAGCAGGAGGAGGUCUCCACCAACUGGCCGCCCUGUAUCCGCGUGAUGGUCACAGAGUCGGACUGUCUGCCUGAAGCUACGCUGUUUAUUGUCACCUGUGAUGGCGCCAGCAUUGGCCGGGAGAAGGACAUGAACAACCUCAUCAGAAUACCUGACAUCAAUGUCAGCAAGGUGCAUGCUGGGAUAACGUAUGACUACAACCUGCAGAGUUAUGUCAUCACCGAUUCUGGGAGUCAGAACGGAACAUUCCUCAAUGAUGCUCGAAUAUCACAGGUGAAGGCUGAGGGUACAGUGGUAUCACAUGGUGAUAUACUUCAAGUGGGCAAUACGACACUGUCCCUGCACAUCCACCCUGGCAGUGACACAUGUGAUGAGUGUGAGCCAGGACAGGUCCUGGGCAGGCUGCAGGCCGAGGAGAAGGCUAAUCGAGAGGUGAAGAUUGUGAGUCGGGCAGACCGGUUGAAGGAGCACAGACAGCAGCUGAAGCAGAUCAAGAGGAGAUAUGGUCUGGAGAACUGUGCCUACAUAGACAACACAACAGCCAUCCACAACCCAGCCUAUGAAGACAAGGCAGCAUCCAGGCGGCGCACAGUCGGCAGUGAUAACCCACAUGCUCCAGACGAGGCCCCAGCCUCUGUCAUGCAACCAAUCUCCACGGAGAACAAGGGCCGCAAGCUGCUGGCCAAGAUGGGCUGGAAGGAAGGUCAAGGUCUGGGCAAGGACAACACAGGAAUAGCAGAACCGAUCAAUGUGAUGCUGAGGACCAAUCAGGCAGCUGGAUUAGGAUCUGGGGCGGCGGUUCAGAAGAGCCUGGAUGAUGUGCAGACUGCAGGGAAGAGUCGGAGAUGGCUGCAGGCACAGCAGAGAUACAACAAGCUGGAUAAUCAGCCUGUUGACCUCAGCAAACCCACCAACAUGACCCUCUCCUUCAAGAAAGGCCCAACUGUCAACCUCCAGCCAAGGGUUGACCUUGGGGCAGGAGAAUCCGAUGAGGAUGGAGACAAGGCGGGCUGAGUUGGUGGACACAGUAUGUGCAGGACUCCAAUCAAAGCUACCCAACAAACCAACCCAUGCCAUGACUACAGGCAUUGUUCAGAUGUCACUGAGAUAAGCCGACAGGUAGAACAGACAGCGUCACUGUGUGUUUCUGCCCCUCCUACAGGGAACUUUGAGCCUGAAGGACUCUGUCCAAGGGAGGGUUUUGAAAACAGGAACUUGAGGGCACAAGGAGUGAUGUAAUGUCCUCUACACAAGCCAGGAGGUGAUGUUGCGAUAAGCAGUUUCUCAAGGCUGUUGCUUCUCAAGAGGGAAGAUUCAUUGUGACUCAUUAUCAAGAAAAUUGGAUGUGCACUUAUUUAUUUAUGAUCUUUUCUUGAGUUAUGCCUUGUCACAUUGGCAACUGGGUAUUUCCAGGCUAGAUCUAUUGUGUUAGGAAACAACAAGACGUUUCCAGGAUAGUGAACUUGGUGAGAGGAGAUAAUCCCUUGAUAGUUACUGGUAUUGCUGGAUUAGUUGUCCAGGACAUUGUUGUAUUAAACUUGAGUGAUACCGUAUGUUCAUCUGUCAUUAAACCUCCAUUAACUAAUUAA